AUGUUACAUUGCUUGGAUGAGUUUGGAAAUUUGAAAUUGAAAGCAAUAAUUGAUUGGCAAGGAGUAUCAACAUUACCUCCUGGAUUAGAUCUUUCAAGACUUUUGAUGGGAUGUCUCAGUGCACAUGAAAGACGAGAGAGAGGUCUGGAAAUGUUGAAAUUAUACCAUGAAACAUUCAAUCAAGUUCUUGGAAAAGAACUGUUUUCAUUCCAAGAAUUACAAGACUCAUAUAAUCUUUACUAUCCAAUGAUGGCUAUGGCACUUCUUCCACUUGUAUCUUCCCUUGCUGAAAAUUCCCAAGUUUCAGAAGUAGAAAAAGCUCAAAUUAGAUUCAAGACAGAGACGAAACUAGUUGCAAUGAUGGAAGAUCUCAUCGAGGUUCAUGAAUACAAUUUGAAACAUUUCCCCGAGAUUUUGAAGGGUUAA